GUCAAAAUGAUACAGUAUAUUCACUCGCAUCAUUAUAUUCACGGUAAUAUAAAACCACAGAAUGUCAUUGUGAGGCUUGGUGAUUUGAGUGACACCAUCUUUCUUAUUUAUUUUGCAAUCACAAAGGAGUUCUGGAACACAUCAAAUAAUGUCCACAUUCCAUUUUGCCAAGGUCAAUGUCUUGCUGGCACUCCUGCAUUUGCUUCAGUCAACAAUCACUUGAAAGUUGAACUGGGUUGUCAUGAUAACCUCGAGUCACUUACAUACAUGUUGAUAUACUUCCUGUAG